UUUACGACUCCCAAUUAUGUAUAUAUACUGCAAUCACAUAACAAAAAAUUUAUUCUGAAACCACUCACUUAUAACCCCAAAAGAAAAACAAAAGGCCAAGGAAAGGAAAGAACAAUAUGGAAUUGCAAUGUCCAGCUAAGAAUUCGUGGCCAGAGUUGGUGGGAACAAAAGGGGAGAAAGCAGCAGAGAGGAUUGAAGGAGAGAACCCACAUGUUCGUGCCAUUGUGGUUUUGGUUGGCACUGUGGUCACCAUGGAUUAUAGAUGCGAUCGAGUUUGGGUUUGGGUCAAUAAACAUGGCCUUGUCACUCGAGUCCCAAGGAGAGGUUAACUAACUAAUAGGCGAUCGAGGUCUAGUUCAAAUGAUAAAAUUAUAUGUCUUUUAAUAUGUUGUAUUUAGAUUUAAAUCUUGGCGAGUGCGCCAAAUAUUGAAUAUGAACUUUUUAGUAUUAUGUGUUGUAGUGUUGUUAGGAUUAGGAAUUGUCUAAUUUAUCUGACAAAAAAAAAUACUAUCGUGAUUAUUAUGUUAUUAGAUGAUAAUUUAGUUAAAUUUAUCAAAUUAUGUA